AUGACCGGUAUUUGGACAUGUUUGGUUCCACGCAGUAGACAACAUGUGUUCUUUGGGCAGUCUGUGCUGGGAUGGCUCUUUUCGAAUCUGGGGAGUGAUGCUUAUGCGUUUGGUGCGUCAUGGCCAACUCUCUUUGCCGUUUCCGUCUGGUGGAGCUGGAAGUGGAGGUGCGGGAAUGUGUUUGGCGUAAACGGGAAGUGCCGAGAUCGUGUACAGUUCCUAAAGACUCUGGCAACAGAGGUCACUAAGGCAUGGGAGGCAUGUAGAGAAGCGAAUGCAAAGCCAAGUCGGGUGGAACGAAUGAUAAGCUGGACUCCGCCAGCAGAGGGGUGGAUGAAAAUAAACACCGAUGGAGCUUUUAGAGGCAACCCAGGACUAGCUACUGCAAGAGGGGUCCUCCGUGACCAGUAUGGAGCUUGGUGUGGUGGGUUCGCUCUGAACAUAGGGAUCUGCACGGCCCCCUUAGCAGAGUUGUGGGGAGUCUACUAUGAGCUUCUGACUGCAUGGGAGAAGAGAGUAGUGCGGCUGGAGGUGGAAGUAGAUUCGGAGUUGGUUGUCGGUUUUCUCAAGACAGGGAUCUGUACGUCUCAUCCUUUGUCUUUCCUGGUACGUUUGUGCCAUGGCUUCAUCGCAAGGGACUGGAUAGUCCGUAUAUCUCAUGCGUAUAGGGAGGCUAAUCGUCUAGCUGAUGGAUUGGCUAACUAUACUUUUACUGUUUCAUUGGGUUUUCAUUGUUUUUCUUCAGUUCCUCCUAGCUUGGACUCAAUCCUUCAAGAUGAUAUCUUAGGAUAUGAGUGUCCUUGCAGCAUUUGUAUCACUUAA